AUGGCUGCGUACAACGAUGGCAAUACAUCUCGCCACAAGGAAUGGUACGACCCCGAUAUUCAAGCUGUGAACCCAGAGAUACGAUACCUCCUGGAGGAAUAUUCCAAAAUUCCAGCAGCUAAGGUCGUGGAUCAUGUGAAUGAGAUUCGUGCCCGUGGCUUUGCUGCCAACCCAUACCCUUGCAUUGGACAUUAUCGUUUCCUGAAUCUCACAUUGAGGAUUCAUUCACUCUAUGAGUCGAUUCUUACAAGACUGAAAUCCAACCCGAGCUCUCAUUAUCUGGAUCUGGGAUGCUGUUUUGGGCAAGACCUACGUCAGCUCGUGUACGAUGGAGUGCCUUCCGCCCAACUGAUUGGCCUCGAUAUCGAGGGACCCUUGCUGGAUCUUAGAUAUGAGUUAUUACUUGACAAGGAAGCGCUGGCGAGUAGGUUCCUCGUUGCCAACAUUUUUGAGGGCGAGUCGCAAGGUGAGCUUUGGACAAGCCUGGUAACAGAUGGUGUGGACAUCAUACAUUGCUCGGCAUUCUUCCAUCUCUUUCCUCUCGAGGCCCAAAAGAAAGCUGCGAAGAUUAUCGGAGCAUUGGUUAGAAAAGGCGGGAUGAUAGUCGGAAGACAAAGUGGAAGUGUAAAGCCAGGCGAACUGCCAGCUUUUCAACCCGGAACCACCAGUUUCAGACAUAAUGUCCAUACCUGGACUGAGAUGUGGACUGAAGUUGGAAAGGAGACAGGAGUGACGUGGAAGGUAGAGGGAAGCCUGGAUGAGGUCGGGAUCAAUACAGCGAAGAAGACGGCAGUCGAAGAUGAGAACUCGCGACGUCUUCUAUUUAGUAUUACAAAAGAGUGA